AAUUUCGAGAGCUGAAAAGAGGAAUGCCAAAAAAAAUAAAUCACUUGAUGAUUCUGAUCUUGAACAAGCAUUUAUUGAAAUAAUUUCUAUUCAAGAAAUUAGUAAUUAUAUCGCCAAUGCAAUCGAUGACCUUAAUGAUCAUGCUGAACUUUCUUUUACCUUCUGUGUUCGACUCGAUGAGGCAACUAUUAAAGAUAUUGAUGCAGAUGUUAGAAUUAUAGCCAAAUUAAUUAUUGACGAAAUAGAAGAAGCUACAACCGCACCAAACCUCUCAGCUUGUCAUUCCGGUAUUGGAAAUGCUUAUUUCACGUGCUCUCAAAGUUUUGAACUUGAGCGAGAAUUUAAGGAUUCAAGUCGUGAAAGAACCUUCCGUUAUGACUGGUAUAGUAAAAUAUCAAUUAAAAUUGAUAUUCCAGCAACAGAGACAAAAAUAAUUUUAAAACACAAAUUUCUUCAUGAAAAACCUGUUAAUUUUACAAUGCCAUCUGAAAUAAAGCAGGAAAUUAGUAAAAAUUUGGACUUAAAUCCUGUAGAAUUGCAAAAAUAUCUUUGUAAAAAGUUUGACUUAUCUAAUGUUACAUCGAAGCAGAUUCAUUAUUGGUAG